AUGGCCUCUCUUACUCUCAACCCUCUCCGUCUCGCCAGAGCGCCUCUUUCUCUUCGUCCAUAUCGGCUCAUAAGCACCAGAACGAGCCCCAUUCUGUCUUGUCUGCUUGCAAACUCUUUCCAGACCCCUCGGCAGCCGACUCGUUUGAUACUAGGCUUGCACCCUAAGCCCUUCAGUCUUUCCUCUCGUCUCAACGCAACCCACCGUGAUCACAGACCAGGAAAAAAUGGUCCCCCACGUCCUCCGAGACGGUCUGGUCUUGGAUUCUUCACAUCCCUUCGGAGGUUCCUAGACGGUAUCCCGCCUUCGUUCGUGGUCUAUGGCAUCAUGGCCCUCAACGGUAUCGUCUUUGCUGGGUGGUGGGUCGCCAUCGACGCUCUGAAACGAACGAGAGAUCAGACUUUAUACAAGUUCAUGGCCGAGAAUUUCACGUCGAGCAAGAUGAAUUACGAAGCAGGCCGCUGGUGGACGGCAUUGACAUCCUGCUUCUCACACCAGAGCUUCUCGCACAUCCUCUUCAACGGCAUGACUUUCUACUUUAUGGCCCCCGCCGUCGCCAGCAUCCUCGGCACCUCCAGUUUCCUCUUCCUCUACCUUGGCGGCGGAAUCUUCUCCUCCCUCUUCUCCCACACCCUCUCCACCCUCCCCCAAUCUUCCUACAAAUCCACCCACCAAAUCUCCUCCGUCGGCGCCUCCGGCGCCAUCUUCUCCAUCAUCUCCUUCUUCACCUGUCUCUCCCCCCGCACCACCUUCCUCCUCUUCGGCAUCGUGCCCUGUCCCGCCUGGGGCGUCGUCGCCGGCACCAUCGCCUACGACGGCUAUAAUUCCUGGCGGGAGAGUAAAGGCCAGAAGGGCAUCGGGAAUACGGAUGGGUUGGCGCAUAUUGGGGGGGUCGUGGCCGGGGCGGUGUAUUUUGUGUUGAAGAUGAGGGGGUUGAGGGUUUGA